AUGGAAAUCGAAAGAUUGGAAGAACCAUAUUCAAUUUCAUUUAGAGACCCUGAAUGGUUACUUACGCAUCACGAAGGAUUGACUCUAGAGAAUGUAUUAGAAUAUUUUGCAGAAUCUCCAUUUUGGGAUCCUCAAAGCAAUAAUGAAAUUCUUAAAAUGCAAACUAAAUUUAGUACUUUAAACUCUUUACCUGAUCAUAGUCCUCCUUUGGAUAUAACGUAA